AAAUAACAGAAAAAAAGGAAAGAUAUAAAACAUGAAUUAAAGUGUAUUUGUGUUUGAAAGUAUUGAAAUAAAAUUAUUAAGAUACCGUUAAUUUUUAACAAAAACAAAAACAACUAAACCAAACUUGGAUACGAACAGACAGUUGGACGAAUGCGAACGGAGAAAAAGGAGUAUUUAACUAAACUACAAUAAAUACUAGCUAAACGCAGCUUGAGUCCCAGACGCAAAACAAAAGUGAAAUUAAAUAUAAGAAAUUGUGAAACAUUUAACGACAAUUGAGAACAUGGGAGAACAAGAAGAAAAAGAAACUCCCCAGACUGAGAAUAGCGCCCAACAAGAGGUGGUUGAUGAGCCCAAGGAAACCGACAAAAUGCUCGAAAAGAAAGAAGAUGAGACCAAACAAAGUGCAGAGAAAUUAGUGGAAGAUAAAAAGAAAUCCGCUUCAAAACCCUCUACGCCUACUACAGACAAGAAAGACAAAGAGUCAGCCGAGUCUGGCGAAAAGAAGGCUAAUGGCGGUGGUGAGGAAAUAAUUGAUAUACCAGAAGGUGGUGCUAAAUCGGAACCCUUAGAGGGUAACGACGAAAGAAAGUUAUCUGCCGAGGAACGCGAAGUUAAGCCCAAGAAAAUCCCCAUUGGUGGCUUGAAACUUCCCGGCUUCUUUAUGAAAAACAAACCCAAGUCAGAUGGUGAUGGUGCCGAAGGUGAAUUACUGGAAAAGGAAACUAAAGAAGAAUUGGAAGAGGUUGAGAGUAAACCAGUUAAAAAGGAGGAAAAACCAGCCAAAAAUUUUGGUGAACGUUUGAGGAAUUUUUUCGUCCGUAAACCCGCAGAGAAACAGGCCAAGCAGCAGGCUUCAAAUGCGGAAGCUGAUAAUAAAAGUGAAGCUACCGCCGAAGCAGCUGAAGCCGCUGGUAAUGAACAGCAAAACUCAGAUGGCCCUCCCAAAAAACGGGGUCUUUUAAACGCUAUCAAGCUGCCCAUAGCCAAUAUGGUUCCAAAAAAGAAAUCCGAUGAUGAUGUAGAACUUGGCAUGGGUAAAGCCGGCCUGGCUUCCAUGGAGACCUUGGAUGAUUCCCUAAAAGAUCAAGACUGUGUCGACAAGGCUUCAACUAAGAAUAAUGGUGUCGAAGAAAUUGGAAAACUUAAGAAAACUCCUAGCGGGGAAAUUAAACAGGCUAAUGAUGAGAAAUCCCCAGAAGAAAUUGACGAACAGCCAGUGUCAUUUUGCCAGCGUUUACGUUCAUAUAAAUGCUCUGUGGAUGAUGCCCUUAUAGCUCUAGGCAUUUUACUUUUUGUCUUGCUUAUCGCUGUUAUUGGUUAUGUGCUCUCUCAUGAGACGCUCACCUCUCCGCCCAUUAGAGAGGGACGUUAUAUGGAUGCUGUUACCGGCUGUGGCAUGGUAGAAGGUUUGAAGGAGGAUGGUGCUUUUGCUUUCCGAGGAAUUCCCUAUGCCUUGCCACCGGUGGGUGAUAGACGUUGGCGACCGGCCCAAAUAAUAGAAGGAAUCGACGAUUGCUGGAAUGGCACCUUAAAGGCUCACAACUCCAGUGAACUGUGCACCCAGAGACUGGGCAAUGGCACUAUUAUAGGUGACGAGGAUUGUCUGUAUUUGGAUGUAGUUACACCGCAUGUGCGCUACGAUAAUCCCCUGCCAGUUAUUGUAAUGAUUGGAGCUGAUAGCCUGACUGGCCCCUCACCUGGUAUCCUAAGGCCAUCAGCCCGCUAUUCCCGUUCCCAUGAUGUCAUCUUUGUACGGCCCAAUUUCCGUUUGGGUACAUUCGGCUUUCUGGCCUUGGAUGCCCUCACCAAGGAUACUUAUCCUCAUUCAUCUGGAAAUUAUGCUCUCACUGACAUUAUUGCCGCUCUUAAAUGGAUCAAAUUGAAUAUUGCUCACUUCGGUGGAGAUCCCAAAUCAGUUACGCUCUUGGGCCAUCGUGCUGGCGGUACUUUGGUCUCUGCCUUGGUUACUUCGAAGAAGGCGGAAGAUUUAUACACUCGAGCCUGGGUUUCCUCGGCCUCGGCCAUUUUGCCAGGCAAGGUAUUAGCCGAAUCUGAGAAACGCAAUCAAGAAAUUAUGCAAGAAAUUGAUUGCCAAGAUGUGGCUUGUCUACGCAACACUACGGCUGAAAAAUUAUGGGAUGCCACCCCCGAUACCUGGUUGCAUUUCCCUCUUGACAUUCCCACAGUAGAGGAAAACUCCACUGCUCAUCAUGAGUGGCUGGUAAUCGAUGGUGAUAUCUUACAAGAGCAUCCUGCCGAAUCAUGGAAGAUUGAACAUACCGGCAAACCAAAGUUGGUCAUGGGCACAACCGCUCAUGAGUCACACACUGAGAAAUUGCAUAAGCGCACCAACUGGACGGCCGAAGAAAUACGCAACUUCCUUGAAUCAUCUAAAAUUGGAGCUCUUAAUCUAACCGACGAAGCCAUACAACGUUAUAAUGCCACUAAUUAUCGUGCUCUCAUCUCCAUGAUCAGCGACAUACGUACCAUUUGCCCCCUACUAACAAAUGCCCGUCUCCAGCCCUCAGUGCCAUUCUAUGUGGUCACCCAAGGUGAAGGCGAUCAGCAAUUAGCGACAGUUGAUGCCGAUAUCCAGGCUAUAUUGGGCCGUUAUGAGCCACACACAGUGGAACAAAGACGCUUCGUAUCCUCCAUGCAACAACUAUUCUUCUAUUAUGUCUCACAUGGUACCAUGCCACAGUACGAGCCCAGAAGACGAGUACUUAAUAUGGGUCAAGAUCCCCUGCCACAAGAAGAUUAUCCCAAUUGUAAUUUCUGGAUUAGCAACGAUAUAGUGCCUCGUUAUGCUCGCGUCGAUUAAGUCUACAAUAACCAGAGACCCUUCAAAAACACUGUGCUCAGCUACGACUGAUAAUGAUGAAGAUGCUUAUGAUGACUGAUUUAGUUUAACUUUAUAUUCUCGCCCACACUCACACCAAAUUUAACAAAUAAAUUUACUUUUUGGUGUUCUCUUCAUUCUGGGCAUCCAGAAUGUGGGUGUGUUUAAAUAAAAAAAAAUCCCAAUAAGCAGACGAUAACAAAAAUCUCUCCAAUUUUUAUCCCUCAUUCUAAAUUUGUGAAACUUUUUUUUCAUAUUUUUUUUAUAUGAAUUAUUUUAAAAUAUAUUGUAAUUUCCAAAACUAACUGCGAAAAAUUCUCAACACUUUUCAUUUUUUGUUUUUAGUUUAGCUAUUAAGCAAAUUUAGUAUUUAAAGUUUUGUAAAUUUUAUUAAUAAGUUUUAUUUUUUAUACAUAAAAGAAAUCAUUUUUAUUUUUAUUUUUAAAUAAUAUAUAAGUUAUGAACUAACAAAAAAAAAAGAUAAGAAAAUUAAAACAAAAUAAUAAACAUACGAACAUAAUAAUUUAUGCAAAAUACUUGAUAUAAAACAAAACAUUCAUACGUAUUUUUUAUGUAAUUUAUAUAUUAAAACAAAAACAAAACAACAACAACAAAAAAACACAAACAACAUUUUUUAAACAAUAAAAAAAAGAAAAUACUUUAAAAGUAUACAAA